AGUCAGUGCAAAGUUGGCAGACAAUUCCUUUAUACAAGUAUAAGAAGCUGCUUCACGUAUUCGUUUUCGCGUCUACUGCUGGUCUUAGGCUUUAGAAGAAGUAGCAAUCCAAAUUGUUGAUUUGAGAAAAUGUCGCGUCAUUUCGUUCGACUUGCUGUACUUCUUGUUCUUGGCUCCUUGCUGCCAGGGAUCCACGCAUUGCGAACGUUUCUCCCGCAGCACAGUGCUGAGGCAGACGAAGUGCUUGCAAGUGCUGGGCGAGCUACUGGGAGUUCAAGUGACCAAGUAUAUGGAGAAGGAGGAAUAUCUUUCCUACCAUUUGGGGUGAUCCCACCUCCUGACAACAACCCACUACGACCACAACGUUCUUGGAAUGAUUUCUUUCCAGAGAUCAGCAUCGACAGGCUGAUUUCAGCUCGUCCGCAAAGAGUAUCAAACAAAAAAUAGUACUUUUCCUUAUAGAAAUCAAAAAUUUUGAUUUAGAGGCUAAAUUGGCUUAAUGAACUACCUAUUUUAACGAGCUAGGUAAGUAAGCGUCUCGAUGAGCCGAUCAGAGCCGGGAGAUCUGGCAUCUCCGAGGCCUGGGCGUCAGGUGACGCCCAAGGCUUCACAGACUCCAGAUCGUUUCGCCUCAUCGGCUCAGCGAGACGCUUACCUAGCUAGCUAGUUGAAUGAGCUACUUUAGCCACCACCUAGCUUACUUUCUAAAUCAACAUUUUUGAUUUUUCAGUAUAAGUACUUUUUUUUAGUUUGGUAUGGAGCAAGAAGUUCUUUAUCUACAACUACGCCACAAAGUAGAGGGAAUGAAGCAGUAUCGGAACAGCCAAGCGGACAAUCUUCGCAUCAGACAGCGGAAGAGCAGACACCAUCGUCUUCAUCACGUCAAGAGCCUAGAAGUGGUAGUAAUCCCUCCAGUCAUCUAUUCUCCUCAAGGGAUGCUGGAGAUUUGAGUGAUAACAGCAUCGUUGUCGUAGGAGAUCAUUCUGACAACAUCGUGGUAGGAGAGCCCAGACCUCCAAGAGCAGGAGAUGCUACACGCCCAAGAGCAGGAGAUGCUACACCUUCUAGAAAUGCCUCGUUUGGAUCAUCUGACGAAGACAGCGCAGCUUCGUGGGAUGCGGCAAUGGACGCGGUUAGCGAGGAACUGAUGGUGGACGAGCGAGGAGAUGAAAUAACUGAUGGAGAAGGGGAUGAUGAAAUGAUUGUUGAAGAUGGCGCAACAAGAAUUGCUCCUCAAGGGGAAGAAGCAUCACCGCAAGUACAACAUGCUGGCGGGACCGUGGCCCAAGAAGAUAAUGAAUCCUCUCAGUCAUGUUGUGCGAUAUGCUUGCAAAAUUUUGAUGCGGAUCUUACAACUGCCAGGGCCACUUCUGCCACGACGACAGCUACGGACACGGGGAGAACAAUUGUAGAUAGUCAGACAGCACGAUAUAGCAGAGGAAGUCGCCGCAGAUCUGAAAGCCAUAACACAACACCUGAUGUGAAUAGAACACAAGUACCUUCUGAAGAUAGCGGCGACGAGCGGAAUACAACUAGAUCGCAAGAAUCACCUGGGGAGCCCUCAAACGAGGACUCAUUCCCUGUCCGACUGCAGUGUGGGCAUAGGUUUCACGCCGAUUGCCUGGCCCGUUGGGUGGCUGUAUCAACGGCUCCGCAACCUAAAAGGAUAGCUGUGGGCAUUAUGCAUUAUGAAGAAAGAUUUAGACAGUGUUGGGGGAGAAGUUGAUGCAACUCUCAUAGGAACGAUGCAAAAGACUCCUCGAAGGAACAUCAAGUGUCAAAAACAGAGUAGAAGUUUAGAAGACGUGGCGAUUGUUUCAUCAACUGAAUAUAUAUCUAUUGCGACAACUCUUGAAAAUAGACUGCUGUGGUUCUAAUAUCAGAAUAUCUAUCUCUAGGUCUAAUAUCAACCACCACCGAGGACUCAACCACGCUCACAAAAUGACGACGCAAAUAGCCAGGACUCACCUGACGGAAAGGCAGUUCCUCGUUCACCCGACGCAGCUCCUCGACGUCCUCCCGCCAGACCUCCUGUUGAUAAGGGUCACCAAAUUGCAUCCUCCACUACCUUUCUCGACUUAGUAGUACUUUCCAAUAAGUAUUAGGAAAGAAGUCAUAGUAGUCAAGCACAAGGAUCAUGACCUGGAGAAUGUAAUUGCGCAAGAAGGUCCUCUAAUGUUAUUUGGAGACCGAGAGGGCUCCUUCCACACUUUGGGUGGGCAGGUCCCGUGUCAGAAGUGACAGAGAGGGGGCAACAAAGUAGCAUCAUGCAUCUUUAUGAAUUUAGUGGCCAUCUGUUUGAAAUAGGUUCUCUUUUCACUAAUCUACUUGUACCUGUUCCAUCUAUUAUAGUAAUUCCUGUGGUUUAUAAGGGGUAACUUCUGAGGGGCUGUUGUUGUUGUAUUUGCUUAUUUUUUUACUUGUAUGCUGGGAAGAGAAUUAAGUAGUCUGUUUACUAAUAUGUCGUGAGCAGGAUGAAAAUGGGAGGUAGGGUACAACGUGUGUAAUUUUAUCAAUAGAUGAUCAUCAAAUAUCCUAGACUGUAAAAGUAGUACCCUCUAAAUUCCAUCAGCAGAUGAUAAUUGAAUAUCCUAGACUGUAAAAGCAAGUAGCAAGAAAUUCUAAAACCCCUUCCCCUCGUUAGCCAGUGCGGAACAGCAAGUGACGCUUGUGGACUGGCAGCAUUUGGCUUUUUCGACGGCGAGGGAGCUUGUGACGGACUCGGUUAGGCAUGUGGUGGGACAACUUUUAAGGAACGUAUAAGAAAUCUCUGUGACUGUUGUUCGACUGAACCAAUGUUGAAUGAGAAGAGCACUGUCCUCACUGUAAAGGAGACUAAGAGCGGCAAAACAAGUAGCAAGGGCAGGAUGUUCGUACUCCUCUUGACCACCUCGCGCUAGGCACAUUCAUUCACUCACUCAACCUUCAUCACAAGCCGCGUGCAUCUAGCACUCUCAUGAACCCUACGCUUCUCCUUCUAAGUCACCCCACGAAUAGGAGCACCGAGCAGCCGAGAGUGAAUAUUGUUAUCAACGCAAACGAAUCGAGGGCACCUUCGAGAAAUGCCCAAGGCUGCUGUCCGCUGUGUCGCAGCGCUAUAACUUCGGUUGUCGCGGAAGUUUAAGAUUGCGCAAGUCCAGUAUGUCUACUUAAAUAUUGAUGGUUGUUUGAAAGAAGUUGAAGUAAUUAUUGAUCAUUGAUUAAAAGGGAGUACUGAUCUGGGCAACAUUCCAUUCCAUUAUGAUUAAAAGGGGGCAGCACAUAGUCCUAUGGGAACAAAGAAACGCCAGUAUGUAAAUUGUCUAAUUAUGUAACAGACAUGUUUAAGUGAGUAAAAGGGCGGCGGCAUAUAGUCCUAACUCAAAAAAAAAACGCCGGCUUGAGAACCGGGGUGAGAAACAGGGAGACUUGGCUUGAUUGAUUGAUCUGAGACUUGACUUGGCCUCAAAUCAUAAUCGACAAGACCUCAAAUGAUCCUAAGCGCUUCUCGUCUAAAAGCUUGAGAACAACGCACCAGGAAGGAGUGAAGUUUCAAAUCACCGAGUACAAAGUGGUUCUAGUUACUAUGCCGCAUUGCUUGGUCGCGAGCGAGCUGAAGUAGCUGCAUCCAGAAAUAACUCAGGAGCACAGGAGUCCUCAGCUUCCACAGGUUUGCCGGGAAUGCGUGACAUCAGCCUAGAGAGUUUCUUCGGACAAAGGCGACCAGAUGUCUCGCCUGGAGGCAACGUAAACGUAAUCGUGAUACGAUCGGAACGGAACGACGGAGAAGACAGGGCUCGGCAAGCAACUCGGGCAUUCAAUGCGUUGUCUCUAAUACCGGCAAGCAAUAGUACAUAGGUGUUUAUUCAAUUUGUUUCAUUUAGACAUACUUGGUGCUAGAUUUGUUUUGAAAGAUGAACAUAUUCGUCUCUUUUGGAAUAACACAUCGGAGAAAUCGGUGUCUUUAUUUGCACCAUCAAGUUACAUACUUUACGCCAGGCAUGUGCGAUGCUAUGGUCUGCAUGUGUUUGUUGUUUCCUUUUCUCAACGUCAGCACUGUAGAAAAAGAAAUGCUUUGCUCAUGAGAAUAUAGUUUUUUCGUAGAGAACCUAGGAGUCGCGUUCAGGGUACCUGGAAAUCACGUUUGUGUGAAGCAUGUCGAUGUCUCCCUCUGAUUUUUCACUUUAGCUUAUGUAUGGACAUACAUGAGACUACAACUUACCACAAGCGUAAGCAGGUCGAUGUGCUUCGAUCGACCGAGUAUCAUGAAUGCUUACUGAACUGGAAGAGACAGUGACGCUGGAGUUAGAGAAGUAGAAAUUGAAGCAGGUAUUACAACAGAUAUUAACGACCUUGAAUGAAGAAGACUGCAAUCAUGCGAAAAUCAUAUUGGUAGAGGAGACUUCGUCUCAUAUUUUAACGAUUGGUUUCUACUUAAAUUGUACUGCUUGAUGCCGUAGUUUGAUUUUUACGACAACGAACUGAUUGGAAGCAAGACCAAUACUCGUUGAGAAAUGCCGAUUGCACUAGAUGCAGAUGCCUGCUUUUAUGAUGAACCAGUAAGUAUAAUGAAUCGAAGAUUUGCGUGGUUUGAUAGACGACUGGGGAGAAGCUCAGGCUUACUGAUUUAGAAUGAGUCAGCAUGGCACUUCAGAG